AGCUCGAUUGAUCGAUUGAUCGCGUCUAUUGAACGUUAUCGUGAACGUAUCGACACAGUGUUUCGCUCUGUCGACAAGAAAAAUCUGUGUACGAGUCCACCAUCAGCCCCUCUGUGCUUAGGCCGCUCAAGCCUCUCCGCCGUCAUAGCCAAUUCGCUCUGUUUCAUCUUUCGCCUUCACAAAGUUGACAGUCCCGCUGGGUGCUUGGCUCCUGGUGACGAUCAACAUAUCAACAAUAAUGUCGUGGUUUUCCUAUCUCUAUUACAAGCUGGUUGCCGUGCUCAUCCGAGCAAUUGUGCGGUUUCGCUCUCGCAAGCGUACCGUGGUCCCUCCCGAUGAGGUGUACCGUAUUCCAUCUAGAGAAACUGAAAGGACAAUCAAGGCCGAUGUCUACCGAUCAUCAUCUGCAGCCAAAUUGUCGCCUGUCUUGAUCAACUUCCACGGCAGUGGUUUCGUUAUCCCGAUGCACGGGAGCGACGGUCCCUUUUGUCGCCAGGUUAGCCAAGAGACCAAAUACACGGUGCUUGACGUGCAGUACCGUUUAGCGCCUGAACAUCCAUUCCCCGCAGCGCUGAAUGACGUCGAGGAUGUGGUCAACUGGGUACUCAAUCAGCCCACCGAGUUCGACCUGUCUCGCGUAGACAUUUCGGGCUUUAGUGCUGGAGCGAAUUUAGCGCUGGCAGCCUCAUCGACCAUUUACCCCCGAGAAACCUUUCAUGCUGUGCUUGCCUUUUAUCCACCACUCGAUCUUCACACCGAUCCAGCUGCCAAGGUUUCGCCAGACCCCACGGGAAAGCCUAUUCCUCCAGCGACGGCCCGCAUGUUCGACAAAUGCUACAUCCCCUCUGGCAUUGAUGCCAGAGAUCCCCGCAUCUCCCCGUAUUACAGCGAGCCAGAUCGUUUCCCAGACCGCGUGUUGAUGGUGACGGCAGCUGGUGAUAGCCUUGCGGGUGAAGCCGAAACGUUGGCCACCCGCAUUGGUGAACUGCCUGGUCGCGAGGUUGUCUGCCAACGGAUGCAAGGCUGCAACCAUGCUUGGGAUAAGAAUGCCCGCAAAGGUACCGUUCAAGGUGAUGCUAAGGAAAAGGCAUAUGCUAUGGCUGUUGCGAUGUUGUCUCGGGAGCAGUAAUUGUGCUCAGAUCAACAUUUGGUUAUGUACUCCGCCCGCAUUCCGUGGUUGUACUCGUAUAGAAUAAACAGCGAUGUGAAACGUCUUUAUAGAUACAAAACCUUGGCAUCCUUUUGACUUUUGAUGAAUCACAUCCACUGUUCUUUGAAAGCCACGGUGCCUGCAGCCGGGCAAUUC